CGUGUAUCGGAUUGAGGCACGGACAGGCUCGUCGAUAAGGGCAAGUCAGGGUGAUACACAAGCAAAUUCCUGGGCCGGUGUCUCAGUUCUCCCUGUGACAGCCAACCAACCAAGAAACGAAACGAUAAUACCCUCCCUUGUCUGCGAAAGCGAAAAGAUCCGCCGUGUGACCACAUCCAUUGCACUUACUUUACUCCUGUUCAACACCAUUCUCUUGGAUAUCAUCAUAUCCAUUAUUCCAACGCACGCCAGAGGCCCUCGAAAGACCUCCUUCUUCCUAUCCCGGCAUUGAGCACAUAGUCUCGAUGAGUCUGACACCUCUCCGCGAUCACAAGAGCUCCCACAUCCAUAAUGGCAGCCGUCGAGGGUUUAUUGUCCUGCGCAGAUCGCCCAAGGAGCGAUUAUGGGUCCGUUACGACCCAGCCUUGGACGAUUGGGUGGGAUGAGGAGGAUACGCGGAUAAGGCUGAAGUUCAUUGCGAGGGCAUGGGUGCAAUCGCGCAUUUGGAGGAGGGAUGAAGGUGCAGCGCGCAUAGAACUGAACCUACUUCCGCACUCGGAAUCUACGUGGCCCUGCAGAUGGGCUCCUGAACCUCUGAAAAUACCGGAAACUCUGGGAAAAUGGAGUGGGAAACAACAACAAACUGACGAGGCGGGCUUGCACGAGACAAACACCGAGGCCCUUGCAAGCAAGCACACACAUGACUCUCUCGAAGCCCGAAUUACCCCUCCUUCCACAGUCCAAGAACGAGACGAUCACUCACUGUUCCACGAUCCCACAAUGGCUCCCUCGGUCGACUUCCAGUCGCAGGAUGGCUUCACACAAGCUGCUGGUAAGAAGGCCAAAAAGGCGGCUAAGGUUGCUCAGAAAAACAAGUGGGGAGGCGACGAAGAGGAGGAUGGCAGUAAGAAGGAUGAGGGCGAGGGAAGCAAUGGCGGUGACAAGGACGGUGAUACCGGAGCCGGUGCCGGUGGUGACGAAGAUAAGAAGGACGAUGGGAGCGGUAAUGGAGAUGGAGAGGCGAAGCCAGACGACGAGUGGGACUCUUUCGUGACGCCCAAGUCCAAGAAGAAGGGCAAGAAGAAUAAGGUCGAGGAGGCGGCUCCAGCACUUCCUCCUGUGGAGAAAUUCGACGCCUUUCAUGAGAUCAAACUGGACGAUACUGGGCCAAUGUUGGACCUGAGUUUUGAUACGGGAACCAUUGGUACCAAGUCGAGUUCUGGGUUUGGGGCAUGGGGCAGUAGCUGGACUACUGGAACCACGAGUCUGACUCGACUCGAACCCCACUAACUCCCAGUAGCACAUGGGACUUCUCUGCCACCACAACUACUACCGCCACCGACACGAAGAAGGAAACGGCUGAAAUCGACAACAAUCCUUGGAGUCUAAAUCGUGGAAAGCCGAAAAAGAAGAAUGCCACCUUCUCAUUCGGCGCACUCGACGAAGAGGAGAAGGAGAAGGAACCGGAUCCGCCAAAAGAAGAGACAAAGGAUGCCUUUGAUUUCGGCUUCACUUCUGUAAAUAAAAAGGAUAAGAAGAAGAAGAAGAACAGCAUCUUUGACGACUUCGAUGAGCCGAAGGAGGAGCCCACGCCCGCGCCAGUUGUCGAGGAGACCGCUGCGGACGAUAACUG